CUGGCACAUAGUAUUGCUGGUGAUCUCGUGUCGCGCACUCUAAUUUCCAACCUUUUUUUUUAACUGAAAGGGGUCUACCGCAACCCGAUCUGCUUUUUUCACAGAUUCAAUCGCCACUAUCAUGAAAUUGGCGCUUGCCCUGCUUUCCUACCUCGUAGUGUCGUUAGCCGCGCCGGUGGUGGUGGUGGUGGCGACGCCACAGCUUCACGAACUCGAGGACAUUCCCGCCGACUCCACUCUGGGCAUGAAACUGCUAGCCAACGCUCGUCAGCUGGACCAGAAUAAUGCGGCUUACGAAAGUACGUGGAUCUCGGGAUAUUCCAUCAAGUUUCAGGGAUGUCACCACAUCUCGCAAUGGAACGAACAGGCCAACGGUAACGACGAUGUCCGUAUUGCUACCAAGCGUCUCGUGCGUUUCCGAUUGUGUCCGACGGGCUCGUGCUCGAGCUCCUCCGCCAAGGGUUGCAGUGGAGGCUACGGUGACUACAUUAUUGAUAUGAACACGUACUUGGCUGCCUACAUUGAAGCCAAGCAGGAGUAUCAACAGUUCCGGUGCGAUUACCUGUACAACUACGUCUGUCAAUGCGACAACAAUGGCGACGACAACUAUUCCCAAGAAAAGUGCUUGUGGGAUUGCUACGCGGGGCACAACAUGGAUGGAGUGUGUAUGGAAAACAACCCUUACAACGCAAACAAUGGUGGUAACAACGCACAGCAAUUCAACCUGGGGAAUUACAUGUAUUGUGCACAAGCCAGCUUUAACGCAGCAUACUACGUCGGACCGUACUGUGCUAGCCAGGGAGGGUCUAUUUACCUAGGCGUUUUUACCGAUGACGCAUGCACGACCUUUGCCGAUAAUUCGGGUGGACGAGAAACCUACUACCAGCUUGCUGGUGAUGAUCUACCCUACGGAAAAGCCAACCUCGUUGAUAUGGACUGUUUUAGUUGUCAAGAACCCGCCGAGAACAACAACGACGGAAACGAUGCGCAAGAUGCCGAUACUGUGGCGGAUGUUUGCGAAACAAUCUACACCGCGGCCGGAAAAUGCGAAUCCAACCUGCCCUCUGGUACAUCCUACUCACCUAACACCUCCGCCUGUAACUACAUGGAGGGUAUCAAAAUUGUACGCAAGGAUGGGACCGUUGUUACUGCUGAGGCUAAGGCCAACAAGACUGCUUCUGUUUUUAUUGGUCUCUUUAUUGUGGCAUUCGUUCUGCUGUCGGCGUACGUUUACUACCUCAAGACUAAGCUGGACCGGGCGUCUAUCAAUCUGGCAGAGUAAAUCUAGUUUUUCAUAGAAAAAAUAAAGGGAUACAGGAAUGUAAUUGUUAACUCU